AUGGACAAAAGAACACUCGGAGGAAAAAAGAAGCUAGUAUUUGAGCCAAAGAUGCCAAGUACCCCACUAGAGGCACAGGAAGCACCCUCUACUGCAGUACCAGUUAAGCCAGAAGUAAGAAGAAGGGAGACCAUUUCAAAACCCGUAAGACAGAAUAUUCAGCAGCCUGUGGUUCUCAUGGGAGAGAAAGAGACGCAGUCAUUUGUGUUCACAGGGAAGAGUACAGAAGAAAUAACAAAUGAAGACUUAGAAAUAAUUGAAGAUGCGCCUAUGACAGUAAAUAAAGUACUAGAGACAGUAAGAAGUAAAGAUAUAACUGAAAUAGAAGAUAUUUUAGUGCCUGGGCAGAAUAUUCUACUGCAGGUACCUAAUAUACUGCCUAUGAAUAACUGUAGAUACAUUAGGGGCAGACUAAGAAUAGAUGGGAGUGAAGUAUAUUUGAGUUUAAUUGGGAGAAUAUCACAGGAUGAUGCACCCAAGGAGUAUUUAUUCAGGGUGAAGCCAGUGCGCACUGGGAUGCCACAGGAAUCAUACUAUGUGGAGAAUGAUAAUAGUAUAUGUAAGAUGGGGCCAGUUGAAAGUAAGUUUAUAACGACUGUUGUAAGGGAUAGUAUAUAG